CUGUCGGCAGCAUCGCUCAAGGAUCUGCCUACUUAGAAAGCGCUGUUGCUCGGAGGUUGAAACAAAUUGAUAGAAAAAGAAAGGCGAGGGGUUUGUGUGAUUUAGUAAAGAGCGAGAGAGAGGGGAAGGGAAAAGAGAGUCCGCGAGGGAGAUACAGUGAAUCCGGGCGACCGUUAAUUUAAUUCACACCGUCUUGAUCGAGUGCGGGAGACGGUCGGUAACGUAUUGUUGCAACAUCCCCUCCGGUCCACCCCCGAGUGAGUCCCAGGGAAUACAGGAGCGUGAAGAAGUAUAAUUCAUGCCUACUUUCGACAUGGAUCCCUAUGAUGGAGAUGAAAACAAUUAUAUGCCUCAGGAAGAUGACUGGGACCGGGAUAUGCUGUUGGACCCGGCGUGGGAGAAGCAACAGAGGAAGACGUUCACGGCCUGGUGCAACUCCCACCUGAGGAAAGCAGGAACGCAGAUCGAGAACAUCGAGGAGGACUUCAGGGACGGCCUGAAACUCAUGCUGCUGUUGGAGGUCAUAUCAGGUGAGGAGGAGAGGCCUGGUGCCGACGCGUAUCUGUAA